GAUCCCUGCACUGGCCACUGCUGAACAAACUGCAACCAAAACUCCAGAUGAAAAUGGCCCACAGGAGAAAAACAAUUGAUUUUUUUGACAAAAAUUUCAAUCCAGAUCUAGAUUUGAAUAAUCCAGAUGUUUUACUACCUUUUGAUGAAGAUGUUCCUGCUGAAGAGAGUCUUGAUUCUGUGCGAGAAAAAUUGCACAGCAAAGAUCUUUCCAGCCUUCCAAGUAAUCCUGAGGUUGUUGGUCCCGGAGGCAUUCCUCGAGCCCAGACAAAGAUGGCUCCGAUCCAGAGGAAUUUCACUCCAGACCAAGCCGCCAUCCCGGCGAAGACGAAGCCCGUGCGCAACGUCCUGACGCGCAUGGCGGCCGCUGACGGGCCCUUGGCUAUGUUGUUGUCAGCCAAGAACAACGCUUCGGUGGUCAAGGUAUACACGCGCAGUGAGCGUGGUGUGCGGAGCGUGUUGACGGGACGGGUGGUGGCGUUCGACAAGCACUUCAACCUGGCGCUGCGGGACGUCGCUGAGCUCUUCGCUGCCAGGAGGCGGUACACGCGACACGCUAUUGACGGAAAAUCCGAAGACUUCGUGACUGUCGCCGAUCUUUCCAUCAAGGAAACAGACGCGGAUGAAAAAUUGGCCAUCGAACAGCUACGUCGAACGGGAGGAAAACCGCGUUCCACCAAGACACAAUCUACCUCAUAUACGACCACCGCUACAUCCUCUCCUCUCCAGGAGUUCUUGGCUGCGGUCAAAGACAAAACUUUAGCUGAUGAGUCCGCUCCGCCUGAAUUAAAGGCAUCCGAGGGGCAAAGAUCAAAACAACAACCAGGCGCUACCACGAAAUCCGAACCUGGGACUUCUGAAUCUAGAGUCUCCGGGUCAUUUAUGGCCGGUACCGGCAAGCGAUCUGAAUCUAGAAUCACUCCAUAUACAAAACCUGGAACUUUGAAGCCAUCGGACUCUAAAGCUUCAACAUCGCGUGUCUUGGCGCCUUCUCCUUGUGAACCCAAAGCUGCUGGAUCAUCAGAGUUGCUCGACUCUGCGAUCCACGAAACUAGCUUUUCAGGGUCACCGAGAUACCCAACUAGAACUCCUAGAUCUGGAACUUCCUCCUGUCUUCAACAAUCAAAUACUCCUCAGGACCACUCUUUGGUUCGCGCCUCGGUUCGUGGGUGCAAAUUCGUGAAGGUGGAUGGCGCAGGUUUGGAUUCCCACGCAAUGCGUGAGAGCCUGAUGCUGCAGAAGGCUUUGGCCACAAGGCUGGCCGACAGCCCUCGGGAUUACGACGAAAGCUUCGACUCUCGUCGGACAAGUCAGACAAAAAGCAAAGGCCGCGAUAACGCUCAGGGAAAAAACAAAGCAGAUGUUAUAUUUGAACGAGCAGGAAUAAGCAGCGCGUGCGGCGACAGUGAAAGUGAGCUUGAGUCGCUAACUUGGCUUGCUUCUGGUGCUGCUUCUGGAGAUAGAACGGCCACUCUAGCUAGUGCUAGUGGUACUAGUGCUAGUGCUGGUGGUGCUAGUGCUAGUGCGGCUACCAAAAUUUUUGCUAGUACCUUUAGUUCGGGUCAGGAGAAGAGCAAUAAGAGGAAGAGGGUUAAAAAGAAGCUUGAGAUUCGCCGUAGGUUCGUAAAACAGCUGCUAGUACGAGGGGAAAACGUUGUUCUGGUGAACGUUCUCUAAGUAAUUCGAAAUUAGUUUUGUCAUAAAUAUCUGCUGGGUUCUCACUUAACUCGGAAGUAUUUCUUAUUUUAUUUGUUCUCAACUUUGGUUAUUGUAAUUUCAGAGUAGUUAUGACCAUUGGCUUUCUUAACUUUUCACAACCCUCAACUUUCUUCAAUCUUAAACUUACUCACAAUCGCCCACUCACUUUUCAACAUUCGCCAUUCUUCACUUUAGCCGUUCCUACCAUUUACCAUUUCUCACAAUAAACAUCAACCUUUCACGUCUUCAACAUUUCUCAUUAUAACCCACUUCACAACAUUCAUUAAGUUCACCCAUUCCUCAAUAUUCCCCUUUCCUCAACAUCUCUUUCCUUGUAUUCGCUACCAAUUUUUUGUAUACUGUGAAAGCAUGCGCAACAGAGUAUGUUUAUUGCGCUGCCUCUGUCACAAUUGAGCCCUUGACUAUUUUGCCUGAUGUAUAUGCACGUGUAGUUACAAUUGUACGUCUGGCACCUGCACGUGUCAUCACAAUUGUACGUCUGGCACCUGCACGUGUCAUCACAAUUGUACGUCUGGCACCAGCACGUGUCAUCACAAUUGUACGUCUGGCACCUGCACGUGUCACCACAAUUGUACGUCUGGCACCAGCACGUGUCAUCACAAUUGUACGUCUGGCACCCGCACGUGUCACCACAAUUGUACGUCUGGCACCAGCACGUGUCAUCACAAUCAUAAUUGUAGUUUCCUCUGAAUUAUUACAUUUUUAUUCGCCGC